ACUAAUGGUGGAUUGCAGAGACAGGGAGGAAGAACUUCAUUUAACAAGCAAAUUCCCUUCUGCACAGAGAACGCUCGUGGAAGACGAAUGUCACAAAAGCUGCUGAAAGAAGCCUUUAUCAGUAACUUAAAUGGAACGAGUUUGCUGGAAAUUUCAAUAGGUUUAAUUCUAGCUCCACUGUGUAUAGCUUGCAGAGGUUUGCUGUUAAUUUUGUAUAAUCUGCACAAUGGAAGACCUUUAUGUUCAAGGAAAUAUCAUCUACUACUAGACUUUACAGUGCUAGUAGCUCCUUUUGUGCUUGGCUGUACAAUUUUGUCCCCUGUCCUCCCCCUUUUGCCUAUAACUAUUGGGGCCUUCUGUGCAGGAUUAUUCUAUAAAAUAUACAACAGACGAAAUCAUUAUAUCAGGAUUCCUCCUAAGCAAAUCAUACGUGAUUUCCUGAAGACUAGCUUAGAACCAGACUACAUUCCAUCAAUAACUGUGUUUCGUGUUUAUGUCAAUGUGUUAACUGCAAUCAACAUCCUAGCAGUGGAUUUUCCACAGUACCCCAGACGGUAUGCUAAAACUGAGACCUAUGGAACAGGAGCUAUGGAUUUUGGAGUGGGAGCUUUUAUUUUUGGUAAUGCUCUUGUUUGUCCUGAAGUUAGGCAAAAAACAGGUGUGGUGCAAUCCAAAUUCUCCUGUCUAGCAAGACAGUUGUUAUCUGUUUGGCCUUUAGUUUUUGUUGGCCUGGGACGACUGAUCAGUGUUAAAGCUGUAGAGUAUCAUGAACACUUUUCAGAGUAUGGAGUGCACUGGAAUUUUUUUUUCACUUUAGCAGUUGUGAGAAUGACAGCAUCACUACUUUUAACUCUAUUUCCAACCAACAAAUCAUGGAUUGUUGCUGUGAUUCUUGCUGUAUUUUAUCAGCUUAUUCUUGACACUACCCAUCUGAAGAUGUUUGUUUUAUAUGGGAGUGAUGGCAAAGAUACAAGGGUUGGAUUUUUAAAUGCUAACAGAGAAGGAGUGUUCUCUCUUUAUGGGUAUCUGGCUAUCUAUAUGGCUAGUGUACAAGUGGGGUUAUAUGUGUUAAAGAAGAGAACUUUAGUCAAGGACUGGAUUGAAGUAAUAUGUUUCCUUCUGCUGACAGUUUUUAUACUCUUUAUAUUUCUUCAUAUGUCUCAAGUUUAUGUGGAGCCUGUGUCCCGCAGGAUGGCUAAUCUGUCUUUUUGCAUCUGGAUAGUUGCUCAAUGCCUGACAUUUUUAAUCUGUUUUUUAGUAACUGAUCUUAUUUUGGUGUUUACAAAACUUACGGUAAAUGGGUCUAGAGUGCCUUGCUGUUGGAAUUUUACACAACCACCUAAUACAGAUACAAAGCAUGAUUCAGAGCCCACAUCUAUCAAAAGAGAGAGAAAGUGGCUAAGUAUUUGCAUAAUUAAUGCUAUUGAUAAAAAUCAGUUAGUUUUUUUCUUGCUAGCAAAUGUUAUGACUGGCAUAGUGAAUAUGAUGAUAGAUACAAUCCACAGCAAUACCUCAUUUACCUUAUUUGUGCUACACUUGUAUAUGUUUACUAACUGUUUAAUUAUGUAUAUAUUGCACGCAAAAAAUAUAUUAUUAAAAUGCUGGUGACUAUUGAAACUACUUGUGUUGUAGUACUGUAUAUCUUAAGUGUACAAGUAAAAUUUCUAUUUUGUUAAACAUUAUUGUUAGCCAUGCUCAAGUGAUUGUUUUAAUAGAAAAUACAAAUUUUGUCUUAGAUUUAUUUCUGUGCAAACACACUGGUUUGUAGUAUACAGUGUAUUUAUGAUUUAUAUCUAGGCUUGACAGGAUUCAGUUUAAAAAAACCUGAAUGUUUAUUUUUAUUCUUUAUUUAUUUUUUCACUUUUAUUUUUAAGCAUUUUUCCUAUGUUUACCAACUUAAAUGUCCAGGUGUGCAAAAUUGUGGGUUUUAAGCUUUUUUUUUUUGGUAUUUUUAUCUUUUUAAAUGUUCAUAGUUGUGGGAAAUUAUGGAGAUUUCAGAUAUUAGGGCGAAGGUCAGCAAUCAAUUUAACGAUAGAGACAAUGAGAUUCAAGAGUUAAGCUUUAUAGCCAUUAUGCACAAAUUAUCAUAUGAAAUCAGAAUAACUAAACUAC